GGAACUGAGGUCGGCGUCCGAAUUCGGAAGUGAAUGUUUUGGGAAGAUUUAGCACCUGGCCCAGCGAGCGCAACUCAGAGAGAAAGAGCGAGGCGCUAAACCGGCUGAUCUGUGUCUCAGCUUUACGUGUGCUGACAGCUUUUCCAGUUUUUCCUAUCCGCCGCCCUGCCACCUUAGCCCUAAUGCCUUUAAAUGAGUUGAAUGGAGAUGGUUCUGAGCAAGAAGAAGGGGUAAACAUGGAAUCGGAUGUGAUUGCCAUUACCAAUGUAUUGGAGACUUUCACCGAGAGCCAGGAGACGAAAGGGCUAAUCGAUAACCUGAAAUAUGUGUACGGCGAUUUGGUAACUCGUGAAGUUACAAUUGAAAAGUUUAUAGUGAUAAUGGACAAGUACCAGGAACAGCCUCAUCUGUUGGAUCCACAUCUAGAAUGGAUGUUGAAUCUAUUGUUGGAUAUUGUGAAGGACAGUGAUUCUCCUCCUGCUCUUGUACAUCUAGCGUUUAAAUUUCUUUACAUCAUUACAAAGGUGCGAGGAUAUAAAAUCUUCUUUGGUUUGUUCCCUCAUGAAGUAGCUGAUGUGCAGCCUGUCAUAGAUAUGUUUACAAGUCAGAAUCCUAAAGACCAUGAAACUUGGGAAACCCGAUAUGUGCUUUUGCUGUGGCUUUCUGUAACCUGCCUGAUUCCUUUUGAUCUUUCACGUCUUGAUGGAAAUCUCACCUCUGAAUGUGGGGAGGCUCGUACAUCUACAAUGGACCGCAUACUCCAAAUAGCAGAAUCCUACUUGGUUGUCAGUGAUAAGGCUCGGGAUGCGGCUGCUGUCCUUAUUUCCAAGUUUAUUACCCGUCCUGAUGUCAAACAGAAGAAGAUGGCAGACUUCUUGGAUUGGACCCUUUCCACACUGUCAAAGUCUUCCUUCCAGACUAUGGAGGGGACUAUUAUAAUGGAUGGCAUGUUGCAAGCCCUGGCACAGGUAUUUAAGCAUGGAACACGGGAAAGCUGUUUACCCUAUGCUUCCUCUGUGCUUGAGUGCCUUGAUAACUGCAAGCUGUCAGAGAGUAACCAUACUCUCCUCCGAAAACUUGGUGUGAAACUCGUUCAGCGACUUGGAUUGACUUUUCUCAAGCCCAAGUUGGCAAAGUGGAGAUAUCAGCGUGGUUGUCGAUCCUUGACUGCCAAUCUGAGGCUUUCUUCCCAGGAUGAAGAGAAGCCGAGCCCUGACAUUUUAGCUUCUGACAAUGAUGAAGACUAUGAUGUUCCUGAGGAGGUUGAAAAUGUCAUAGAGCAGCUGCUGGUUGGACUGAAAGACAAAGAUACUGUUGUCCGAUGGUCUGCAGCAAAAGGAAUUGGCAGAAUGACAGGAAGACUACCAAAAGAAUUAGCAGAUGAUGUUGUUGGUUCAGUAUUGGACUGCUUCAGUUUUCAGGAAACUGACAAUGCGUGGCAUGGCGGAUGUCUGGCUUUAGCAGAAUUAGGCAGAAGAGGAUUGUUGCUACCUUCUCGACUUACAGAUGUUGUCCCUGUGAUAUUGAAAGCACUGACAUAUGAUGAAAAACGAGGAGCCUGCAGUGUGGGUUCCAACGUGAGAGAUGCUGCAUGUUAUGUUUGUUGGGCUUUUGCCCGUGCCUAUGAGCCUGAGGAAUUGAAGCCUUUUGUUAAUAAGAUUUCAAGUGCUUUGGUAAUUGUUACAGUGUUUGAUCGUGAUGUUAACUGCAGAAGAGCUGCCUCUGCUGCUUUCCAGGAGAAUGUUGGAAGACAGGGUACUUUUCCUCAUGGAAUUGACAUUUUGACUACAGCUGACUAUUUUGCUGUUGGUAACCGAUCUAAUUGCUUCCUUAAUAUAAGUGUGAGUAUUGCUGGCUUUGCUGAGUAUACUCAACCAAUGAUAGACCAUCUUAUCAACAUGAAGAUAAACCAUUGGGAUGGAGUUAUCCGAGAACUAUCAACUAAGGCCUUACAUAAUCUUACUCCACAAGCACCGGAAUAUAUUACAACCAUCGUUUUCCCACAGCUAUUGCAUUUAGCUGUGUGCACGGAUUUGCAUACUCGUCAUGGAGCUAUUCUCGCCUGUGCUGAGAUCACUUAUGCCCUGUACAAACUAGCAGCUGCGAAAAAUAGGCCAGUUACAGAUUAUUUGGAUCAAAAGUCAUUGGAGGGACUCAAACAGAUCCACCAGCAGCUUUAUGAUCGCCAACUGUACAGAGGAUUGGGAGGAGAACUAAUGAGACAAUCAGUUUGCAUCUUGAUAAAAAAUUUGUCACUUUCCAAAGUGCCUUUUCAAGGUGAUCCUAUAAUCGGUAGCUGGCAGUGGUUAAUAAAUGAUAGUUUAAAAAGUCUCCACCUUAUCUCAAGCUCUUCAAGACAGCAUAUUAAGGAAGCUGCUGUCUCAGCCCUGGCAACAUUGUGCAAUGAAUACUACCUGAAUCGCCAAGGAGAAGCUGAUCCUGUUCUACAGGAUGAAUUGAUUAAGAAUUAUAUUUCUGAACUUCAGAACACAGAAGAAAUGAUUCGCUGUGGAUUUUCACUGGCCUUGGGUUCCCUUCCAGGUUUUUUUCUUAAAGGCAAACUUAAGAUGGUGUUAGACAGCUUAAAGGCUGUUACUCACAUUUCUCCUAAGGACAUGAGCUUUGCUGAAGCAAGAAGAGAUGGCUUGAAAGCAAUUGCCAAGAUUUGUCAGACAGUAGGAGUGAAGGCUGAUGCAUCUGAAGAUGAUGUUAUAUGCAAAGAAAAUGUUUCCCAAAUCUACAACACCUUACUUGAUUGCAUGAAUGAUUACACCACAGACAGCAGAGGAGAUGUUGGAGCAUGGGUCCGGGAGGCUGCAAUGACAGGUCUAAUGGAGCUGACAAUUUUGCUAACAAGAAAUCAUCCAGAGCUCAUUGAAGCAAGUGUCUGCAAGAAGAUCAUGUGCUGUCUAGCCCAACAAUCGAGUGAGAAAAUUGAUAGAUUUCGAGCUCAUGCUGGAUCCAUUUUCUUGAAUCUUUUGCACUUUGACAGUCCUCCAGUUCCCCACCUUCCUUAUAGAGAAGAAUUAGAGAAGAUAUUUCCAAGAUCAGAAUCUUCUAUUUUAAAUUGGAAUGCUCCUUCACAGGCAUUCCCUUGCAUUACUCAGCUUCUUGCAUUGCCAGCCUAUCGAUACCAUGUCCUCUUAGGGUUGGCAGUCUCUGUUGGUGGCUUAACAGAGUCAACGGUCAGGUAUUCAACACAAAGUCUUUUUGAGUACAUGAAGAAAAUUCAAAAUGAUAUUCAAGCCAUGGACAGCUUUAGUGAAACUUUGAUUCAGGUAUUUGAGGACAACCUCCUGAAUGACAGGGUAUCUGUACCAUUUCUGAAGAUGCUAGACCAGAUGCUGGCCAAUGGUUGUUUUGACAUCUUUACUUCUGAGGAAAACCAUCCCUUUUCCCUGAAGCUGCUUUCCCUUUGUAAAGAAGAGAUCAAAAAAUCCAAAGACAUACAGAAGCUUCGCUCAAGCAUCGCUGUGUUUUGUGGAAUGAUUCAAUUUCCUGGAGAUGUAAGGAAGAAAGUCCUGUUUCAGCUAUUUCUUCUUCUUUGCCACCCUUUUCCUAUAAUAAGGAAGACAACCGCCAGUCAGGUUUAUGAAAUGGUGUUAACCUAUAGCGACAUUGUUGAUCCAGCUGUCCUUGAUGAAGUUAUGACAAUUCUCAGUGACACUGCCUGGGACACUGAAUUACACUUUGUAAGAGGACAGCGGAACCACCUGUGUGAUCUUCUGCAAGUGCCCAAACCACAGCUAGUCUCCAAGCCACCUGCUCACUGAAGCCACAUUCCUGCAGAUUGAAGCCUUUGAGAACAGCCCUGUUUUUGUAACAGGAAAAACAGCUGUGUUAUUGUUCCAGAGUGAAGGGGGAGGCUUGAUUCUCUUAAGCUAAAAAGAACAUAAUUUAAUAUGAAACUGUCAAAUCAAGGCCCCCUGCCCCCAAAUUUCCUAACCAAUGAAAUGCUAGUGGUGUGUCUUUGUAAAUUUAGAAUAAAUAUAAAGAAGGCACUUUAUCUGUC